CUGUAACUCCAACCAUCCAUUCACACUCCACACAUGUGAGUCAGCAGGAGUCUGCAGCCGGCCGGAGCUGCCACUCUGGACCCGAUGCUUUGCCCCGCUUUUACUGGCAGUUGUGUUGUUGUCCAGCGCCGCCGAAGCAACCGGUGGGAAGCGCUGGUGACAAAGACCCGAAUGGGCCCCCUUUAAAAGCGAGCGCCGGGUCAGGUGAGACACAGAAAGAGGAGGAUGCUGGUUUAAGGGCUCAUGGAGAGGGAGCGGAUGGAGGCUGAGAAUGGAAACCAAACCAAAGGCUUCCUGUUCCCUGGACAUUAUCUGAGAGCUGACACUUUUUAUUUUUCCCCUUCUUGAGCUGUUGAUAUUUGCUCUCCUCUCUGCCUCUAUGUCCUGUCUCUCUCUCUCUCUCGCUCGCCCGCCCGCCUCCCCUCAGCCUCAAUCACCCAGACUCAGACGCAUGCAUGCUCACGCAGGACCGCGCGCAGCAGGCGGAUGCGCGCAUACUCCCUCUCUCUCUCCCUCGCUCGCCCGCUCGCUCCCUCUCGAACACACAAACGCGUCCGCGCACACACGCCGCCGCACACACAUACUCACACACCCUUCCUGGAGGUGCUGGGAGCAGCUGCAGCAUUAGCGUUGAAAGCGAGUCGCCGCUGACUGGAGUUUGCAUCCCCCUCCUGUUAAUGAAUGGAUGCUACGGGGACCGGCUCGGGAGCUCCUUGCCUCGGAUUGCGGGAAACGCUGGAUUUCUAUUCUUGAAUUUAUUUAUUUAUUUCUAUGCUCUCCAUUUUUUUCUCCCCACCCUCUCCUGGUGCGCUGUUGUCGAAAGGACGAUGGGGUCUUGUGCUUGAUCAGAUAAAGAUGGAGGUGAACGUGGCAUCUCCGGUGCUCGGCAUACUACGGAGGUUUCAUUGCCCGUUGGGGUGAAAGCAGCAUUUGGUUCGGUGCUUUUUUUUUUUUCUACUGGGAUUUUUUGUUUUCCGGGGAUUGAGCACUCCUGUGGUGAAUUGAGCCAUUGUCGAGGACUGGACCUCUGAAGCUUUGUAUCUGUGAGCAGCCAUCCAUCGCCCUCCUUCCAUCCCCCGCCACCCUCUCCUCGAACGCAGCGAGCGGAUCCCGAAAAAGCGCCGCCGAAACCUCCCCUCGCCGUCCUCCUCGCUUCCAAUGCCCCAUUUCCCUCAUCUCUACCCCUGCCCCCCCACCUCUCUCCCGCUCCCUCCUCCCACAUCAGAGCGGCUACGUAAUGUGCCUCCCUACGCAUGCAAAUGGGGAUGCUACAAAUGGUGGCUGGGACUGAUGCUGAUGAAAGGGUGAUGCCUCGCGCAAUCACCUGCACCUCCGCCGCCGCCGCCGCCGCCGCUGUCACCGCCCCAGAUCAGCCAGGGAGAGCCCAGCAGCCGAUGACAAGCGCCCGCCGCGCCAACACAGCCGUUCGGAGCCUGCCCGUGGAUGUAAAUGAGACGCGUGUAUGCGUGUGAAGGUGCACACUGGUUCCUGCCAUGUCUGCUGUGUGAUCGCUCUAGCGGGACGUUCUUACUGAUGCGGGGGAGGCACUGAGCCUGAGGUUGGUCGACCUCCCCCUGCAUUGGUCCCCCCUCCCCCCUCCCUCCCCCAACCUCCCUUCGUCCUCCCCCCUUUCCCUCCCCCCCUUUCCCUCCCCAUUCCACCACCACCACCACCACCAACCACCACCACCCCCCACCUAUCCCAGAAGCUCCCGGGGGGAGGGGGGGCGGGCGAGGGCCAACUGGUGAAGGGGUCACGAUGAAGAAGAACCGCGGCGGCAAUCUGCGGCGGGCCUGGCCCAGCUCGGAGCUCGGCGAGCGCCCGCUGGAGCACGGCCUCGCGCGCGCCGAGAAAGACAUCUGUGUGCAGAAGCAGCAUCUUCCUCCCCCUCCUCCUCCUCAUUUCUCGCCGUCCCCGCCAAGUUAUCGCGCGCCAGGUGACGUGUCUCCGAUCAGUAUGUCGCCUAUCAGCCAGUCGCAGUUCAUCCCGCUGGGGGAGAUCCUGUGUCUGGCCAUAUCUGCUAUGAACUCUGCCCACAAGCCUGUCAACCAGGAGGCUCUGGUGGAGCACCUCACUGCCAGCUUCCCAGGCGUGCCUACACCCAGCUCAGAGGUUCUGCGACACACCCUGAACAUGCUGGUGCGAGAGCGCAAGAUCUACCCAACUCCAGAGGGCUACUUCAUUGUCACCCCCCAGACCUACUUCAUCACCCCCUCCCUCAUCAGAAGCAACAACAAGUGGUAUCACCUGGACGACCGGCUGCCGGAGCGUCAGUCGCAGCAGCAGCAGCAGCAGCAGCAGCAGCAGCAACCUCAGCCGUGCACGUCGCCCCAGACCGGCGCCGUCACACCAUCCACACCCGGCUGCCUGAGGGAGAGGCCUCCUCGCAAGAGCCACACCUCGUACAACUCGUAUCGCGAAGAGCCGCCCAGGCUGCACUCGCUCCAAAGCAAGUCGCCCAAGGAGCACAGGGCGGAGCCGCACCAGAGUAAAGCUCCCAAGGACCACAGCGACCCGGCGCCAGGCAUGUCGGCCAAGGAGCACCGGGGGGAGCCGCCUUCCUACCCCCACCCCCCGCUGCCCACCUCCCCUCCCGUCCCGCAGCCGCCGCCGCCGCCGCCUCAGGACCAGGCCGACAAGAGCAAGAGCGUCGCGUCUUUUCCCUACAAAAGUGACACUCUGAGCAAGAAGAAGGAAGAGGGCGGCGGCGGCGGCGAGAAGCAAUCCAAGCGGUUCGGACUCAGGCUCUUCAGGCUGAGCUUCAAGAAGGACAAAAUGCGGCAGCUGGCCACCUUCUCAGCCCAGUUCCCCCCGGAGGAGUGGCCCCUUCGCGACGAGGACGUGCCCACCGCGCCCAUCCCCCGCGAGGUGGAGAUGGAGAUAAUCCGCCGCAUCAACCCCGACCUGACGGUGGAGAACGUGGCCCGGCACACGGCCGUGAUGAAGCGGCUGGAGGAGGAGCGCUCGCAGAAGAACAAAGCGGGCUCGUCGGCCCAGCACAGCGCGCGCAGCAGGCGGGGGCGGGGCCACCGGCGGGCGCCGCACGGCAAGUCCCGCUCCCACAGCAAGCCCCGGACCUCCAGGGGGGACCCGUCCGAGGGCUCCAACUGGGACCUGGUCUUCAUGGAGCGCGACUACCGCUUCUUCAGCCACUCGCUGGUCCGCUCGCCCCGCGAGGCCAUGUACACCCUGGAGCGCCGGCGGAGCGGAGGGGCCACGUACCUGGUCCACAGCAACCCCAACAUCGCCGACGCCUACUGCCCCGUCACCCCCGAGUGGGACGUGUCCGGGGAGCUGGCCAAGCGGCGGACGGAGAUGCCGUUCCCCGAGCCGUCGCGCGGGACCUGCCAGUCGCGCGUGCAGAGGAGCCACAGUCACAAUCAGGACAGGAAGUCGCGUCACGAGAGGUCGGAUCAGGCCAAAGAGCGGUCCCGCUCCAUGGACAACUCGCUGAAGGGCCCGUCGCUGGGCGCGCUGGAAGACUUUGAGCCGGCGCCGGAGGAGCGCAGUCAUUACUACACUGACGAUGGCACCCUGCGGGCCACGCAGAAGUCCUCCCAUUACUCAAGGAUUAUGUUCUCUGCUACUAAGUUCCACUCUGACUUUAAUGUGCCUGAUUUGGGGAAAGGGAGUUUGGACGAGUCGAGGAUCCGGAGUACGAUAGAGAGGAACAAAAGCAGAGACAGCUUGCCAACAUACAACGAGCUAAUGGGACUUUCUCCUAAGCCCUCAACCGAUGAGUACUUCCAGUGCAAUACAUCAAAUGAAACAAUCCUAACUGCCCCUUCGCCUCAGGCAAAAUCAGAAUAUGACACAUUAACCUCAUCAGGGGGACUCCGAAAGGGCUCUCCGGCCGACCGCCAGACGCCUCACCUCCCCUCCCCUCACGCGGGGGAGUACAAGGAGGACCUGUCGGCGGCGAAGGGCCCGGCCGGCGCGGUGCGCCUGACGCCCAGCCAGACGCCGGAGCCGGCGCCCAACGCCCGCCUGACGCCGCACCAACACAACGUGGACCCCGGCGGCGGCGGCGGCGGCGCGAUCAAGCGGAAGGAGAUCUUCAGCAAGGACACUUUGUUCAAGCCGCCGCACAACGCCCUGUGCGCGGCCUACGUGGACGGCGGCUACACCAAGUCCGGCACAUUGCGAAAAGCCUCACACGCCAAGUCGACCGAGGCCCUAGACAAUCCUGAGCCCCAGCAGCCUUCCAAUUCAGCCGCUUCCUCGGCGCCGCCUGCAGUUUUACCAGGCUGCAUGGAGCCAACAGUCCCCUCCGCCUCCUUUGACUAUUACAACGUCUCGGACGACGAGGACGAGGAAGAGGCGGAGGAGGACUCGCACAAAGAGUUGGCGAAAGCGGAGGACGGCAAGGAGCGCGGGGAGGGGGGCGGCGGCGGGGGAGGCGGCGGCGGCGGGGGGGAGGGCACCAUGCAGUGGCUGCUGGAGCGGGAGAAGGAGCACGACCUGCAGAGGAAGCUGGAGAGCAACCUGACGCUGCUCAGCCCCAAGGAGACGGAGAACAGCAGCAGCCAGAAGUCGGCCCACUCCGCCCGCCUGGACAGCAUGGACAGCAGCAGCGUGACGGUGGACAGCGGCUUCAACUCCCCCAGGACACGGGAAAGCCUUGCCUCCAACACAUCCAGCAUAGUGGAAAGCAAUAGACGGCAGAAUCCAGCGCUGAGCCCAGGCCACAUCGGCACCAGUGGCAUCGGAUUGCCUUUCAGCUUUCGCGCCAUCCCCGAACCCCCCACCACGCAGCCUGAGAAGCUCCAGAAGUCAUCGAACUGCCUGGCCUCCAUCACCAGCGUCUGACGGGCGUCACAGACUGAGACCCUGAAGGUGGUGGAGGAGCAGGGGACGCGAGUCCGCGUUCGGGCCCUCGCUGUCCUCCACCGACACGCAUAAACACACGCGCGCGCACGCACGCGCGCAUAUCGUCGGACUGCUGAGAAUCCAUUUACUGGGACUGUUACAAAAACAGGCAUGGCUUCAAGAGACUGUUCCCACAGCUUCAAGAACUUUACUGCAAAAAGAGGAGAAAAACUACAGAAUAUUAAGACCGCAGCAGGUGAAGACGCCUGCUGGAAGUACUUUGAUUUUGGUGACAUGGACUCUAGUUUGGCUUAUAUCAAGAUUCUUGAUUAUUGGUAUUGGAAAGUAGUAGACUAUAGGAUUCAAGUUACAUUUGGAAAUAUCAAAAAAAGCUUUUUAUAUUACUUAACAAUACAUGUCCAAUUAAAUGUUCUCCUUCCUGAAAUAGCGUCAAGUUCUUCAGGAGGGUUCAAUGUAUCAGCACAAUGUCGAGACAAUAAAAGUUAAAUCUGAGAAGAAUGAAUGAAAGAUAUAAAACAUAAAUCAACUCAGAUUUGUGUACCGCAAUGCAAAUGAUGUAUGUAUACUCGAUACUUUUGAUAUCCUAAUUAUUAUAAUGGUGGUAUUAAAGAUGCUAUGUGACCAAA